AUGCAACAAAUUUCACCGAUAAAAGCUAUCUACAAUUUAGCACAACGAAAUAAAAUAUUUGUUGAAUAUCGAUUGGAAAAAGAGUUUGGCCCAGUUCAUCGAAAAAUAUAUACAGUUCGACUUCAUGUAGAUGAUAAAAGUUAUGUUGGUACUGAGCAUAGUAUUAAAUCAGCAAAGUAUGCGGCUGCGCAACUAGCUCUGAAUGAUUACCAUAAUGCAAUAAACAUCAAUAAUUAUGACCAAGAUAAUUCACAAAUAAACGAAUUCCAAUCACCAACUGUUACAUUAAAUAUAUGGUCUAUUCAAAAUCAUAUUUCAAUUCGUUAUGUUUUGCUCAAUCAACAAUUUAAAUCAAACUCAACAAAUCAGUCGUGUAUUCUUUUUUAUUAUCGUCUUUAUCUUGGUCAUAAUUCAUAUUUUGAUGGACAUGGUUAUACACACCAGCAAGCUCGUACUAAGUGUGCUCUUGAUGCUUUAUUUUUCUUACGUCAAAAUCAAAUAUCAACACAACAUUUGAAUGUUCCAUUCUUAUCGAAUGCUAGAAAACAACAUCCACGAAAAUCCGAUAUAUCUCUUAUGUAUGAACGAGCGAAACAACUUGGUCAUACUGUUCACAUUACUUUUGAUGAUCCAUUAACUGUCACAUAUGUUAUUGGUGAAAAUUAUUCUGCAACUGCUACAGGUUCUACUCAGCAAACAGCUAAACAAUUGGCUGCAAGAAAAAUGUUAGAAAUUUUACCAUCAACUAAUAUUCAGUUGAAACUGAAUCCGAUUACACGUAUUUAUCAAUCAGCUCAAUUACGGCAAGUCAAAAUUGAAUUUAUUCAGUUAACUGAUAAAGAAAACUUCACUUAUCAAAUCAGAUUUGGUGAUAAUGACGUAGCUGAAGGCUAUGGUAAAACGAAGAAAAUAGCUAAACAACUUGCUGCUGAAGCUUUACUUCAAAAAUUAGAUACCGCUGUUGUUUUACUACCACCACCAAGUAAAAGUUUGCUUAAAAGAGAUGGAAAUAAUGAGAAAACAGAUAAACAAGAAAAAAAACAUGUACAUUUUGUAGAGGAAAUCAUUGAGAAAGAUAAUAAAAUGUCAUCUAGUCCAUCAUCAUUGCCAUCAAACGUUGAGAAUUCAUAUAAACAACAAUUGAUUGAAACUUGUCAAAAAUUAAGAAUUCAUAUUGAAUACUUAGAUAAAAUGAAUGAAAAUGAAAAUGGAAUUAGUGCACAAUAUCAAUCAAUGGUUAUUUUAUCAACUGCUGAUCGCCGUCUAGCACAAUUUCGUGGCAAUGGUCCAUCAUUAAUACGUGCACAAGAAAAUGCGUCAUCAGCGGUUUGGAAUAAUUUAAAGCAAUUAUUUAAUGGAUCUAGUCGAAUACAAAAAAUGAAAAGAAUCGAGAAAAAAUAUCAAUGA